CAUCGCUUCUUCUUCGUCUCCAAGAUGAAACAUACAGCGCUGAUUAUUGCCUCACUGCUGGCGGCAGCAGAAUGCGACUUGGCUCCGACUUACGGUCUGCCGGGCAAAGGAUCCUCUGGAGGGUCCUUUGGCUCUAGUUUCGGUUCGGGAGGAUCAUCUGGCUUCGGUGGUAGCGGAUCCUUUGGUGGCGGGUCCUACGGGUCUUCUGGCGGCGGCGGUGGCGGCGGAGGAGGAGGAGGACGUCCCUGCGGCGGAGGACAGAUCCUCCACGUCGACGGACGAUGCGUCACCCCUCAAGUAUCGCGCCAGGUUUAUCUCUACACCGUCCCCGACGUCCCCCGUCCCGUCGGCCCUAGGCCUAACAUCCCUCCUCCGAGGGUCGAACAAAACAUCCUUUUCGUCCGUCUUCCUGAAGGCGCCGACGACGAGGAGCCCAUCGUCAUUCCUCCACCCCUGCAGAAGAACGUCGUCUACGUCCUCAACAAGGCCACCGACAUCAGCGGACCCAAGGUCAUCAACCUCCCGGCGCCACCCAAGAGCCAGCCUGAGGUCUUCUUCGUCAACUACGGCAAAGGCCAGAACCCGACUCUUCCAGGAGGCAUUGAUCUCCAGACAGCUCUCAACAGCGCCGUCGAGGGAGUUGGCCAGGUCGUUGGUGGCGGAAUUGGUGGCGGAAUUGGUGGCGGAAUUGGUGGAGGAUACGACGGCGGGGUCCUCGGAGGUGGUGGAUUCACAGGCGGGCUCUCCGGAGGAGGAGGCGGCGGCUUCGGAAGUGGAGGAGGAUCUGGAAGUGGAGGAUAUCACGGAGGUUCCCCCAAACCAUCUGGUCUUUACAGUGCUCCAUAAGUGGGUUUAAUAUAGAACGCUAGUCUUCUUCCUUGCGUAAUGUCAGUCAUACUCCUAAUCAAGAGAUCCCUUUUCUAAAAAGGAAGAAAUAGAUACAUACUAUAUUAUACUCAUAUUUAUUAAAUAUAUUCUAUUACUA